UGCGCAGACGUGUCUCCCGUUUGGGAAAAGUCGGCGGCCAUGUCGUCGGUUCCCGGCGCGGGGCCUAGUGUGCGCGCGUUGCCUCAGAGUAAAGAAGCGCUUCUCCAGUCCUACAACAAGCGCCUCCGCGACGACGCCCGCUCCCUCGCCGACAACUUCGCCGAAAUCGUCAAGACCGCCAAGAUCGAGGAAGAGACCCAGGUCUCACGGGCGACGCAAGGCGAGCAGGACAACUACGAGAUGCACGUCCGGGCAGCAAACAUUGUCCGGGCAGGAGAGUCGCUCAUGAAGCUGGUCUCAGACCUGAAGCAAUUCCUGAUCCUGAACGACUUCCCAUCGGUCAACGAGGCCAUCAACCAGCGCAACCAGCAGCUGCGCGCUCUGCAGGAGGAGUGCGACCGCAAGCUCAUUACACUGAGGGAUGAGAUCUCUGUUGACCUGUACGAGCUGGAAGAAGAGUAUUACUCCUCCAGCUGCAGCCUCUCUGAUGCCACUGACCUUCCACUCUGCGAAGCCUUCUGGAGACAGGAAACGGCCGCCUCCUCCCCGGAGAGCCUCUCCCUGCCCCAGCCCACAAGCAACGCCAAUGCCAACACCUUGGAGCAGGCCCUCCCGGCCCCGCAGGGUUCCACGCCCUCCCACCCGCACAUGAAUGGCCAUGGAGCAGGCCCCGCCGAAUAGCCCUGAGAGCAAGGAGCGCCACCAAGGCUGCCUGGCCAAGUGCAAGUGAGCUCCCGCUCUGUACAGCCGGAAGCAACAACCGACGCCAAUUGCGGGUGGAAAAGGUUUCCUAAAUGAUAUUGCAAGUGGAUUACAGCCCGAGCAAGGCGUCCCCGGUCGUGCUGCUGGGAGUGUAGCAAAUACCGUUUUUGGACCUUAAAUGUGCCCUUUUACCUGUUUUCAGUGGGACAGAGUGCAUCGGGCCCUUUCAGAGAAAGAAGUAGACACACCGACUCCAGCACUGGGUUUGAUAAUAUUGGCUACACAGACAAAAAGGGAAAACAUUGCAUAUCCUACACAUUCACUCCACAUACAUUCAACAUGCCUACUCACCAUCCUUCCCUCUCUCACAUACAUUCACCAUUUGGACUCACCAUCCUUCACUGACUUGGAUAAGUUCACUCCAUAUAUAUUCAACAUUCAUACGCACUGACAUGUGUUCAGACUAAUGCUUCUGGAGAAGAGAGAUGGAUGUUCAAACACUGCAAUCCUUGCAGAUCUGGCACACUUUGGAAAAGGAAAUGGGUCUCCUUUUCGUAUAAUUUUUUGUUGUUGCUCUCUACUUGGUUGCCUUGCAGUCGGAAGCAAUAACCAACACCAAAUGUAUGAUAUUGCAAGCAGAUCACACGCCAAGCAAGGCAGCCCCCCCCCCCCCCCCCCCCCCCCCCCAGUCGUGCUGCUGGGAGUGUCACAAAUCCUUUUUUUUUUUUAAUAACCGUAAACAUGCCCUUUCAUCUGUUUUCAAAUGGGACAGAAUGCAUCAGGCCCUUUCAGAUAAAGUAGACACACUGAUUCCAGCACUGGAUCUGAUAAGAUUGGUUACACAAUCAAAAAGGGGAAACAUUGUACAUCCUCAGCAUUCACUCCACGUACAUUCCUACUCGCCCUCUCUUCCAUACAUAUAUUCACCAUUCAUACUCACCAUCCCUCUCACAUGCAUUCCCUCACAUACAUUCAAUGUUCAUACUUGCCAUCCUUUUUUCAUUCAGUCUUGCUGCUGGAGAAAAGAGACAAUGGUUCAAACGCUGCAUUCCUCGCAGAUCUGGCAUACUUAGGGAAAGGGUCUCCUGAUGUUUCUCAAAUACUGGGAGCCAGAUUUUGUUCAUUUUCAUUGUUUCCUCUCUGUUGAAAUUCCCCACUUGCUUCUUGUGGGUUUCAAUUGCUUCUCUUGAGUAGCUUGACAAAGUGGUUGUUGUCAGGGGGGCAGAAUUUUUGUGCAGAUGCCUUCACUCAUUGACUAUGCCAUCAUCUUAGUUACUCGCAUGCUAAUGCGUGGUUCCCACUCAACACAUGGUGAUAGCACCCUUGACACCUGGCUAAUAGACAACUGUUCUUCCUCCCUGGACCUUAUUGUAUGGGGACAUGAUAUUAUAUUCCGUUCGCUUGACUCCCAUCAGAUCCUCCAAAAAUGCCACAGGCAGGCAAAAUAAAUAAAGGAGGAAGUGCUGCUCAAACCUCCUGGGAGGGGGAUGCUCUUGCCAUCGGGGGGGCAUUCCCUUGUCCUCCUCCCAGAGUUCUUCCUUUAGAUCAGCUGCAUCUGCUUAUACUUGGGGUUCUUGUCAUUAUCCAGGCAACCUUUAGAUGUCCGUUUAAUGACAGUGUUUUCCUGCCAGUUGACUUGAACGCACGGGUUUGAUGUGUUUGUGGGUUUGUUUCAUUAUUGGGAUAAAUGUUUCCUGACUGUAAAUAGGUGAUUGAAUAAAACCAGUUCUGAUGCUGACAA